ACAGCGCCACAUGCUGAGGUACAGCCCCGUUGCCUAUGGCUGCGUUUCGGUUCAAUACUUCCGUGCAAAUUCACGUCAGUGCCGGUCGAUGUUAUUCGAGUACGAGCAAGCGAAAUAGGCCACCAAAAAUCCCACAGUGCGACACAAAAUCGGCACGUAAAACUUCAAUUAGGGAUCGAAACAGUUGGCCUAUUGUUCUUAAAUUAAUUAGAUGGAGAGUUGAAAUAGCUGAACGGUGUCGUAUCGCGGCACGGGUGAGGAUUGAUUACCUAGUUUUCAAUCGAGGAGAGGGAAAAAAUACCGAGGCGAUUGGAGAGUUUUGACGGGUGGAUUACGAGCUGAAGACGGUAGGGUGGUUGGUGGUGCACGCUGGAGUCGUAUGAACCCGGAACUGGUGGUUAUCGGAGAAACAAGGGGUAAAGUUCAUCGAGUGCUGCGUGUAUCGGAUCGUGUAUAACACCUGUUUUUAUCGAUGGUAGAGUAAACAUUGCACAGUUCUACGGUAUGCCGAUCGGUGUGAUUUGGUUUGAAGAUAACGCUGAUGGUAUGUAAUGAUCAAACUUCAAUAGAUCUGGUGUAGCUCCAUGCUAAAAUAGACAAGUUUUCAUUGUGCUACUGAUACUGUAUGAUUUAUGCGUUGUCGAAUGAUUUAGAUGUGGCACGACUGGACUAUCCUAUAGUGCCAAAAUGUAGGCUGAAAUUUUUGUUCCAAUUCUGGUUCCAAGUCACCAAAAUGACUUCAAAAUCUUCCUAGUGAAUAACUCGACAUGGAAAUAAACAGGAUUCGUCAGGGAACGUUCUGAAACGUUCAUUUAAGGCGUUGGGAACGGUUUCAAAAUGGCAUUCCCGGUUCUGAACCACUUGGUGUCGUACCCGGACCCACUUCAAGCGGAUGUUCCAACGGGGGACUCGGAUGCUGACGCCCCGGGAGAAAAUACCUCCGAGACGGUCGAAGACCGAGAACUCUCGGAACCCGUGGAAGACGAAAGAGUUGAUGAAAACAAGAACCAAAACCAUCGUCUACCAUCCGUCGUAUCUCUGAAAGAAUUUGAGAGACUUCCAAAGCCUGGAACAAUCAAGCCAAGUUGGUUGGAGACAAGUUACCAACAAGCUUUGGCCCGAGUCCGAGAGCGGAUCGUGGGCGAGAGGAAGCCGCCGAGGAACGCAUUGGAGUGGCGGUACCACAAGGCGCCGGCUCCCGCUCGGCCGGAUCUGACUCGGACUUUUCCCGUCCUUAUACGAAACGAGGUCAAUAAAAAAAAUCCGAAUAGACGGAAGAGGCAUCGAAGGAGCGAGACAUACCCUAGAGCUGCCACGGAUAAUAUAGGCGAUGAAUCAAAGGUUACCUUUCUUCCACCGCUACCUGUGCAUACAUUGUACCAGAACCUCUUCCACGACCUCUCUGCAAGCUUCCCCUCGACGCUCCUCAGCAAAAAACUCCGCUCCGUCCAGGAGAAUGACGCCUACCGCCACACCUACCUCCCCUUCGUCGGGACCGCCUCCCUCCACCCGAAAGCCUUCUCCGAGACCGAGAUCCGGGAGAAGCCUUACGUCCUGCCGGCUCUCUGCGCUGGUUGCCGGGGCGAUGUCCGGGUCACCGACCUCCGGGGGUUGGAGGUUCUGGAGAAAGAUGAGGGAAUCGGGUCAGAGGUCGAAAGUCAGGGGAUUGUGGGUGGUGACGAUGAAGUGAACGAUUUGGUGAAGGACAGUGCGGUAACUCGGCAACCGCAGAGCGUCUGCUUUGGUUGUGCAUUGAGUAGUACACCACACUAUCACCAUAGUAAGCCUAGGAGGAUUGGGGGCGGUUUUACAUUCUUCAGCAGAGAACCUGCGAGAUAUGUGUAUGUUCCUAAGGCGGAUACAGUUGCCAAGGAAACAAGAAAACCAGAUUCAUCGCUGUUGUAUUCAUCUGAAGACCCGACCCUGAACGAUGACCUGCGAAUGUCGGUGGAGAAGCUUCCUGAGCCGGAGGGGCCGGUGUACGAGAUGACGGUGCCACGGCAGAAACCAACCAAAGUACCCGAAUGGAUCCUGGAUAUGGUGCAUCACCAUGGCGACGGGAACCACAAAGCCAAGCAUUAUCAAAAUCACUGUUAUGCCUGUUUACAAAUCUUGCGCCAGCUCUUGCCAGAUUACAACCCCAAGGAUUUCUCUGACCGUUCCUCAUCUGGAAUAGGAACAUCCAUCAUGUCCGAAGCGGCAAGGUUAGAAGAAGAAGCACGUCUGGAGGAAGAGGCUCGACUGAGGAUGGAGGCAAGAGCCAGGGAGAAACGACGUCUUGAAGAAGAAAGAUUAAGAAGGGAGGAAUAUGAGAAAGAAAGACGAAAACAUCUCUACAAAGCGCCCAAAGCCUUUCAACCCAAGAAGUCCGAGUCCAAGACAACGGAUGCCCAGGACCCGUUCAGCAAGGACCGUUCCCUGGACGUCCCCAAGAACGAAGGCUUCAAAGUCCACAAAUCCACCAAGCCAACGACCAAAACCAUCGAGACCAAACGGGAGGAGAAAACCUGGAAGGAACCGGACAAGUUUGAGUUAAAGAAACCUGCGCCGAAGAAGACGUCGACGGAAUGGAAAGCGCCGGAGAGGAAUGAGCGGCUCCGCCCGGCGACGCCUCCCCCGCCUCCCCCGCCCCCGGUUGCUAAGAAACCGACCGUCCCGAUUCAACCCAAGAAACGGGAACCCGCAGAGCCCAUUCCGUCACUGAGGGAACCGGUCGAAGCGCCCCCGAAGAAGAAACUUGAAAAGACGAAGUUUGUGAAAACGCCAGUCAAGAAAGUCGAGAAGGACCCGUUACCGCCUCCACCCCCUCCUCCCGAGCCAGUGCGGGCCAAGACUCCGCCUCCAAAAAAAAAACCUGUCGCUAGGCCAGUUACGCCACCCCCAAAACCGGUAGAAGAACCACCGAAAAUUAUCAAGAAAACCAAACCGGUGGUCAAGGAAAAACCCAAACCGGUCCAGAAAGAGGAAAUAAUGGCCCCUCUCCCUCCGGCUAAAAAGAUUGUGAAAACCGAAAAGGUGCCGGAACGCAAACCGCCGGUUGUACAAACGGAAGAAAAGAAACAGCCUGAAAAAGCAGCGGUUGUACAAACGGAAGAAAAGAAACAGCCGGAAAAAGCAGCGGUAAAAAAGAAGCCACCACCUAAAGAACCAGCAGUUAAGCCCAAGAAAGAAGUUAAAAAGGAACCAGCCCCAGUCAAGCAAGCCACCCCUCCCCCACCUCCACCCCCACCCAAAGAUCCCACCCCCGAACCCCCAUCAGAACCUACCCCUCCACCCCCUAAAGACCCCACACCUCCACCUACACCCCCUCCAAAGGAACCCACGCCACCCCCACCCAAAGAACCCACACCCCCACCCAGAGAGCCUACACCCCCACCCAGAGAGCCCACACCCCCUCCAAGAGAACCUACCCCGGUCGAAGUGAUCCCACCUCUGCCACCAAAAGAUCCCACACCACCCCCACCAGAGCCUGAACCUGAACCAGUCACGAUCAAAGACAAAAAGCCGGCAAGGCCUAAAGUUCAGCGUAAGAAACCCCCAAAACCGGUCAAGAAGACGACGAAGAAAAUUGAACCAGAAGUACCGGCUAAAUCGGAGAGGCCGUAUAUGGAUAUACCCCAAGUGCCGUUCCGACAGCCUGUUCCAGAACCGGAAGUGUUGAAGGAACCGAGUCCGGAACCAGCCCUGCCAGAACCAGAACCAGUGGUGGAACCAGAACCGGAGCCGGAACCUGCCAAAGUUCCCACCCCGGCCCCAUCACCACCCCCACCGCCCCCAAAAGAACCAGAGAAGCCAGCCCCGAUUAUCAAACCUUCCAAGAAGACCCGGAAUGCCAAAAUGCCCAAGCCAGCCCCCGUCAAGAAACCCAUGGCCGUCAAAGCCAAAAAGAUCCCGGACAAACCAAAAAAGAAACCCAAACCUUUCGUCAUGCCCGUUAUCGAGAAGCUUCCCGAGCCGGCAGAACCCCCCCAGUUCCCCACAACCCCAGACCCCGUGGAACCCAUUGACGUAGAGGUGCCACCCUUACCCCCGGUACCCACACCGGAGCCCCCUAAGGAACCUACGCCUACCCCAGAGCCCCCUCCUCUAACCCCAAUGGAGAUCCUGGAGCCUAUCGUUAUGAAGAGAAGACGAGUUCAAUACAAACCUAAAAAGAGGAAAUGGCGUAAAGUAGAAGCCACGCCUACAGAAGCAGGCAGUCCCGAACCAGUGAUGGUGGAUGCCUUGGACUAUCUGGCCAAAUACUGCAUCGUCCAUAAACAGCGCAUUCCACACUACCAGCACAUCUUCCACGGUGCGCUCCGCAAAAAGGGCAUCAAGGUGGAGGAAACAGCUCCCCCUAGUGUCCCCACAGUGGCCAGUCUCAAAGUCCAUGACAGCACCACCGCAGUGCCAAAUUCCCGAGUGAGUGCAAAGUCAGACCAGGACAACGCUUCAGUAACGACGGAAACCUCAGGUUACGCCAGCGCAGUCAAUGACGAUCCUAUCGGGGAGGAUUUCAGGAGUGCGUUCGCCGUGUCGAGGACGAUCAAUGAGGAAGAUUACGUCAGUCCGAUGAACCUCGCUGCCCCUGGGAAGGAGGGCAGCAACAGGGACAAGGUUGGAAGCGGAGGGGACAACAACAGACCAACAAAUUUCUUCGGAACAACUAUGUUUGCGGCAGACGAUUACAUGGACAAGCUCGCCUUCCAACUGGACACGCUCUACCAGAAAUCGAACGCCCUGCAGCUGAAGGUUGCACAGCUGUCGGACGAGAGGCAACGAAUCGUGGCCAGUUUUGCCCGCCAUGAAUUCCCCGAAAUCCUGAGGCCGGGGUUCGAUCCGAACGCUGCGGAGAAGAAAAGUCCACAAGGCAAGAAAAAGAAAGGCGAGGUCAAGUUUAUCUCGGUCGUUGAGGAGCUUGGCUACCUGAAUCCAGACGAGGGCAGCAGACAGGAGGUCCAUCCCGAGAGCGACGACUGGGUCCUGAGCCGUCUGAGUGACCAACACUGGCAAAUGCUUGAGUCGGACCCAUCAGUAAGGAAGCUGGAUCUAGAGAGAGAAAGGGCGCAGGAAAAAUACGACUUGACUCAGGAAAGAAUUGCCGCUUUGCUCAUCUUAAAAAAUCUGUUUCAGUAUCUCUCCAGAUGGGAUGCUAGUCCAGUGCUGAUCUGGUCUGAAACUUAUUUGAUCUUUCUUGUAGAUGAGAAAGUGAGAGCAUCUAUCAAGGGGAGUUCCUUGAAGCAGCAGGAGACGCUGAGCCGAGCUGCUACCAACGAUGACUUCAGACGGAAGCAGAGCAUCUUGUACCAGCGAAUGAAUCCAGUACAGAAUUAUGAAGUUGACGUGAAGGAUCUGGAGCCGACGCUGAAACAGGUCAACAGCUACCUCAUCACGGAGAAAGAAUGCCAAUACAUCUACCACGUGUUGGACUUGCCGCAGAGACACCGGAUAGACUUCAAGCUGUUUGCUGUAGUCGCUGCGCUAUCUGAAAAGGUCUCCAGGCUAGAGCCGUUUAUUCGGAAGUUGAUCAAUAAGAUGAACUUCGAGGCUUUAGAAGUGAAGAUGCAACAAGCGAAGGAACUAUUUUUCCUUCUGGCGGAUGAAGAUGACGAAACAGACGGAGGUGAAGUGCCCAUUCGCAAUCUGGUUGUCGAGUUAGAAGCAGGCGGUCUCAAACCGGAACACGUCCAACUUGUUGUGGACAAAUUCAACCGCGAGGGCAAGGGAACAGUGGAUUUCUUAGAUUUCCUGACGUAUAUUCCCUUGUUUAUCGACAUCCACGAAAACAUUAUUGCCGACCCUCUUAAUUUGUCCAGAGUGAGGUGACCUUCAGGAUCCAACCAAUCACAGCAGCUCUUGCUUAGGAAGGAGAAUCUGAGUUACCAAACUGUAUUCCGUAAACCUUUCCCUAUUGGCCCACAAUUGGUAACUUUUAGAGCUUAUCCAAUCACAUGAGCCGUUAUGGAGGGAUGGGAAUCUGAGUUAUCCAACCAUAUUCAUUAUGCUUUCCCUUAUUGGCCAACAGUUGGGUAACUUAGAAAAUUAAGCCAAUCAGAUGAGCUGUUGAAUAGAGAUUUGACAUGUCUGGGUCCUUUUUUUUCUCACUCAACUUUUCUCAUUGGUCCAAAGUGAGGUGUACCACUAGGAAGUGACCAAUCAGAGAUAAUGUAACAAAGAAGAGCAUGAAUGACUCAUUUUUAUAAUGACUUAAGAUAAAGCAUGUACUGGAUUAUUUUCAAGAAGAAAUUAUUCAACUUCGUAUCAUUGACACUUAAGGCCAAAUUCUAUAAGCAGGGUUACAUGCCAUUAAAAAAUUGAGUGCCAAUAUUAUGUUGUACUUUAUCGAAACGGGUCGAAAUAGUAUUCGGUGGUUUGAACAAAUUGUACAAAUACUUUUUGUGAAUGUUAACUUUGCAUCAAUUUGUGUAAUACACUGGAUUUUUCCAAACAAAGAGGAAAUAGCUUUUGUCAGACAUCUUUGAAUUUCAGUGAAAACAGGUUACCAGUGAAAAUAUCAUGUAAUCAUGCAUUGUACUUUUAUGACUGGUUCUCGGCAAUGUUGUCAACGGAGCAAUUGCCUCAGGAGUAAACGAGUGUUGCCCUGAAUUACAAUUAUUUUUUGAUUUUUAAGAAAUUUCCAAACUGAGAUAUUUAUAUAUAUUUGACAACAGUUUAUUUAUAAGAAACUGCAAUAGAUAAAUAAUUAGCGAUUUUCAAUAAAUAUCUGUGAAAGAGCAAAAACAA